AUGGCAUCUAAUCAAGGUAAUUUUUUUUUCUCGACUUUUUCAAGUUGCUUCAGAUUUUUUUUUUGCUGUUCAAAAAGGUCAUUUCAGAACAACACAUUGUGUAUCAACAACAAUAUCCUGCCAGUUACCAUCAGAACGUGCCCAUCUCAACUUGGAAUCAGCCUCCACAACAACAGCCGGUAGGACUUUGUAGCCCAUCUUGAUGAUUGACAAAGAACUUUUUGUGUUUUUCGUCAAUUUCGAAUUUUUUCCGAUUUUGAGCAACUUUACGGUUUCAGUUGGCCUACGCAGUGUCUUACCACGCUCCGGAUGUUAGUGGAUACCAGGAAAAGUCGCAGUUUGGCUACACCCAAGUUCAGUAUGAAAAUGACAUGAUCCGUACUCAACAGCAGCAGCAAGGCUUCGCGACACAGUUCACUCCUGCUCAGGUUUUUUUUUCUAGGAGUUGCAGCAGCUAAAAAUUUGAACCUUUGAAAAGUCUAAAAGAAACUCCUUCUCAAAUAAACAUUAUCUUUUUUUGUUUUUGGAAAAAAAGAUUCAACUAAUUUCACAUUAAAAUCCCUCAUCGAAAAAAUUCAAAAUUGUUUCCGAUUCUAAGAUUUUUUUCAAAAAAAAUCAUGUUUUUAGAAAAAAAAAUUCAAAUUCACUUUGACAUGUUCUUGAUGAAUAAAGUUCAUUUUUGGAGUUUUCAAUGUUCAAAACACCUGUUUUCAGGAUGGAAUGACCUUCUUCUCUAGUAAAAUAGGCUAAAAAGUUUUUUACGAUUUUAAAUUUGCUGGUUGCAAAGAGAUCUGCGAUGUUGGUUUGGGACAAAAAUAGCGUCGUCGCCUCGACAACUUUCGGGUUUUCACGUAGAUUUGUAUCUUCAUGUGAAAGUUUCUAUGAGUCAAGGCAAUUUUUAGGGCAAUCAAUUAGCUUCUAGUUGGCUUGAAUUUUUUCUAGGCAAUUCAAAAAAAAAGUAACUUCUUUGUUUGGAAAAUCAGAAUGUUUUUUCAGGCCGGACAGUGGCCGCAAUAUCAGUCACAACAAGGACAACAGUUCGCCUUUGCUGGAUAUACUCCCGCCAACUUGCCUGCAGUACGAACCUUCUAAUUUCCGGAAAAUCAUUGAUUGAACGCUUUCAGGAUGCCUAUAACACUGCCCCGCCUCCUAAUAUGAACAGGCCACCUCCAGGAGUCAAGCAUGAGCCUGACACCUUUAAUGGCGAGUUUCCAAGAGCCUUGAUUUUCCAAACGACUUCUUCCCUAGUGACGGGCAACUUUUUUAGAUUUUUUGGGUUGCACAAUAGUUUUUCUGGAUGUUUUCAUUCACAGGAAAAGCUAAAUAAACUGUGCAAAACUCACCUUGAUAAAUUUGAUUUUUUUGGUGUUUCCGAACAAGUUUUUCUAAAGUUAUAUAUUGCAUGAAAAGUUUCAAACUCCACUAAAAAUGAACUCUUAUUGAAUUCCCCAUAAAGUCGCAAAAAGUUUUCAAAGUAACUCCAAUAACUUUCCCAUUAAAAAAAUUCAGAAUUAGAAAAUCAAAUCCAACAGACUCUUAUCAAUUGGAAAACAUUGAUAGUGAAGGCAAAGGCAAACCAUUAGGGAGUUUAAUGGCUCCAAGAGGUCGCCCAUUUUGCCACACUUUAGAAUUCCUUUGGCUUUUUCUGCCUUGGCUAUAUGUUUUUUUCUUCAUUCAAAAAAAAAAACGUUGAAAAAAGAUAAUAAGUAGGUAUGGAUGUUCUUGCAAAUCAAAAGGUACCAGAAAAGUGAAACGACCUCUCGUUUGCGUGACUAAAAUUGGAAAACGCGAAUCUCUAUUUUUCCGUUUUUUUUUCGGCGCUCAUCCUAGCAACCGUUUUAAUGAUGGCGACUUCAUUCACAAAUCUCGAGAAAAAUUCGCUUUCUUAUUCUUUUGCUGACUAUGAUAGACUUUGAAGGUAUUUCGAUGCUCGAAAAUCCUGCUCAAACGGCCGCUGCCUAUACUGCGAGCUGGGUGAGCAGCACUUCGAGCAUUCCUCCUGAGAUGCGGGAUGAGCCCGACGUAAGUUCACAUCUUCUAUGUUUCGAACGAUUUCUAAAGUUUAACAAAAAAGCUUUUUUGAAAAUGUCUGUCAAAUAUUUAAACCCGAAACGGAAAGAAUACGCCCUUCAGAAAAGAGAAAAAAAAACACUGGGAACAAAUCCCAUUAUCUGUCAUGCGCGCUAAGCUCGUUAAAAUGAUUGAGUCUUAGAAGACCGCCAAUUUUGAAUUGAACCUUCGGCACACCCCUUCAUUUUUGCAGCCGAACAUCCACGACGAGCCAUUCACUCAUUUCGGCGAGCAGUUCGAAAACAAGGCCUAUCCCCAGUACCGCAACAACCGAAACUCUUCUAACUUCGCUGGCGACUCGGCUGUUGGUCAUUGGGACAUGCGGGCAAAUAACUGGCACGGCGAUGACCGCGGGAAGAAGAACGACUUCGGCGGCAGGAAAGGCGGUGAACGGUGGGUUUUAGGAAGAAUCUCAGUGUGAAUAAAAAAAAACAAUUUUCUUCGGAAAGUGGAUCUAUGCUUCAGAUGAUACGUUUAUGUGAGAAAAAUUCAAAAAUCUCAAACUGAAAAACGGUAAAAAACAUUUUAGAAAGAUUCGCGAAGAGCCGAGAGAGCUGACGUGGGAUGAACGACUGAAGAAGGCGCAGGUGCAAAAAGAACGUGUCGAGAUGCGCGACAACAACGGCCGCGACAAUAACUUCCGUGGAGGUCGUGGCGGCGGCGGUCCUCCGAAUGGCUCGCGCGGCGGCAGAGAUUCCCAGUUCGGCCGUGGCGGCAACCAAACCUCGGAGAAGCGCAAUUUCAACAAUCGGGAAUGGAAGCCAGAGGUUAGAAUCAAACUAGUAGUUGAGAAAAUGGAAAAUUCUCAGACUGCGAACCCGGAGGUGCCAAAGGGACCAAGUACAAACGCUUACGGACAGCGUUUCGAGGAAGACAAUCGGCAGAAGAUUGUUCCUGGAGAGCCGUCACGUUUCGUGCCAGCACCACAAAUGGCCAUUCCGAACGGCCAAGCUGUCCCUUGGUUCAAUCCUCCCAUGCAGCCGAUUCAACCUCGUAAGUAAAAAUUUUGAGUUUGAAUAACGAUGUGGGCUGUUCGGAAAUAACACAACACAGAUUUAAGUUGUAGCUUGGACAGAAAUAUUUUAAAAGUUCCCAGAAGAUGCAGUUCAAGAAAUGAAGAAAAUUUAGCUUUUUUCAGUACUUCAAAAAAUAUUGCUGGGGGCAGUUUCUCAAAAUUAGUUUUUCCAAGUUCAGUUUACUUCAAAAUUAAACGGAAAAAAAGAUAAUUUCUAAAACCUAAAAUAUUCAGAAAUGGCUGGGAUUCCUCAAAUGAUCCCGGGCGCCAGCAACAACUUCCGUGGAGGCCGUGGCGCCGCGACUUUGGUCCGACCAGCUCGUGGCGCUCUUCAACCUCCCAUGCCUACCAUAAUUCCGUUUGCUCAAGUAGAUCAUAUCACUGUUUCAGAGACAAUAUCAUUAUUUUUAGCCGGCUCAAGAUCAAAAGUUCCGCAACACGUGGUUGGACGCUCAAUCUUACGGUCCUUUCAUCCCUGUUGUUCCAGUCCCAGCGGUUUGUUGUCCUAUUUUCAAACAUUUUGCUGCCUUUUAGAUUAAGAACAGCGUAGUUUUUCAAUUACAAGUUUUAAAAAGAUGAUUUUUUUCAGUUUGAGAGAAUGAAUCGUGGAUGGAUACGUGCGCGGCGGCGGCGUUGGAAACCGUGGAAUCAGAAAUGGCACAGGCCAAGGUGGUCGAAGAUAUGUUGUCAAAGAAAACCAUGAAGAAACCAGUAGCUCACCGGUUCAAACGUAAUAUCCUCUUUUAACUCUCGGAUCAACUCUGACCGAUUUCCAGAAACGAAGUCAAGCCUGAGGUUGAGAAACCGGUGGCUGGACCCGAAAAGGCAACGGAAGCGGAGGCUCAGUCUUCUGCCAACAAAAAUUGA